GAUGCAAAGGAGCCUGUGUUUUCCAGGCUUUGGGGCUGGGACUGCAGUGUUUCGAGCUCAGUGAAAGCAGUCUAGGGAGGAGGCGGGACUCAGCGAGUUCCCCUUCCACCUUCCCCCACCCUUCUCUUCCUACCUCUCUUCCACCUCUAGCUCAAUUCCAGCCUUUGCUGCAGCUGCUCUCUAGCCGUUUGCAGGACCCAAACAACGGCGGUCAUUGUUCCCAGGAUGGUGAUCCGUGUGUAUAUUGCAUCUUCCUCUGGUUCUACCGCGGAUGCUUAUUAGGACAGAAUGUAUAAAGAGAAAGAAAUCAAAGUACAUCACCAAAGAAAACCAUCAAACAAUGAAAGAGACCAAGAGAAGAAGAGAUCAGAGAAAAUGAUAGAAACAAUCACACAACAAGAACAAAAUGAUUAAGAAGAAACAGCAAGACGUGCUUGGUUUUUUAGAAGCUAACAAAAUAGGAUUUGAAGAAAAAGACAUUGCAGCAAAUGAAGAGAAUCGGAAGUGGAUGAGAGAAAAUGUACCUGAAAACAAUCGACCAGCCACUGGAUACCCACUGCCACCUCAGAUUUUCAAUGAAAGCCAGUACCGUGGGGUAAGAAACGAAUUUAAACUCUUGUUCUAUCAAAUGGAUCACCUCAAAUCCAUCCUAUCCCUUUCACCCCACCCCCAAAUGUGCAUACAGCCAUUUCUCCUGUUCAUCUCUUCAUCCGUCCUAGGCAGCUGGGAUAUUUCUACUAAGAAGAAAAUGGAUGAGUCAUCCCACCCCAAAUUUCCUGUGAAUGCAUAAAUACAGAUCUUGAACACAUAGCUACCUUCCCAUUUCUUUUUUUUUAUGAUUUUAUGUGUAAGUUCUACACCCAACCUGUGGAUCAAAUUCACAACCCUGAGAUCAAGAGUUGCAUGCUUUAUCAACUAAGCCAGUCAGGCACCCUGCUUUUCCAUUUCUUCAUCUGAAUUCUAUCUAGAGCAAUUGUGUUGUUUCUGCUAUGUCCAUGAAAAAGCUUCUGAGAAGUCAACUGCUUAAAAAUAGUUUAAAAAGAGUAAUAUCUUAUUUACUAGUUGAAGCCAGUAAUACUUUUAUUUUCGUAUUAUUAAUGAUUUUUUAGAAAAUGUUAAGUUAGCUAAUUGAACUCAUGUGAGGAAUGAGGGAAACAAAAAUGGGCUUUUGCUUUGUGACUGGUGUUUUCAAGCAUGCUAUCUGUAGUCUUUAUUUAAACCAUAGAGUAGUUUCCUUUAAUCUUCUGCCACUAUAUAUUUAAUGUUGGCAGCCUAUGGCCUUUCUAGGUACCAUGGCAAGUACAAGUAUAAAUAAAAGUUUUUCUCUUAAGGAGCUGGUUGAGAGUGAGGUGUGGAAAGAAUCACACACACCUGGAACAAUUGGAGUGUGGUUAUGAAUCCAUAUCUAUGUGAUGAGUCAGUACAGAAAGCAUAUGUGAGGGUUAUAGGAAUUUCUGGUAAAGAACUGUUUGCCCUGCUAUGUCCUCAGGAUUAGCAUGACUGAAGAACAAAUGUAUUAGAGCUAGCAAUCCAAAUCUUCUAGUUCAUUGAUUUAUAUGGAAGUAAGAGGACACUUUUUGGUGGGUAUCUUUUUUUGUGAAUUCUGAAAAUUUAGGGGAGCUCGCAUGGAAAAAUUGAGAAUUUUAUUGGUAAAAAAUAUUUUUUCUGUGAAUUGAAUUUUUCAGUUCUGAGGAGGGUCCUGAAGAUUUCAUCUGUUGUUGCUAACAGGACCAAUGUGUAAUGGUGUACUCUGCAAAUAAGGAAAAGGCAAUUAGGCUCUUCAUGUAGAUAGUGAAACCUCAAUGCCUCUAUAAUUGAAAUUUCUGCAAAUGCUGUAUGUAUCCCAGGAGGUAGAAGAGGCCUCAGAGGCCAUCCACUCCAGUAUAAGCCAGUAUAUACUGUCUUAAUUUUUUUGAAGCAGAAAUUUUAAUUCAUUUGGCUUUAAAAACAAACACAUUUUAGGUUAUAAGGAUAACAUUUCAGAAACCCCAUUGAUCUGGUUUAUUUCUCCUUCAGAAGCCACACUGUAAGGGAAUGGAGUAUGUUAUAGAAAUCAGGUAUCACUGAGAAAUAGGGAACUGGAAAGGAAGGGGCAGGAGGUGAGACUCAACCAAAUAUUUAUUAAUGGAGAAAGAACCCAAUUUUUAUCAAAUGCCUCCUGUGUACCAAGCACUAAGUUAGGAGUUUACUAACAAUAAAAAUUAAGAUUUCUCCCUAUACAGACUCCUAGGGAGAAGGGUAUAUAGUAACUAUUCAUUGAAAACAUAUAUGUCAGUUAUUGUACUGCAUGCUUUAUGUGUAUUGUAUUAGUUAGUUCUCAUACUAAUUCCAUAAGGUAGGUAUUGUUAUUUCUGUAUUAUGGAUAAAGAAAUUGAGGCCUAGAAGGUUAACUAACUUGCUAAGUCUGUUUUUUUUUCUAAAGCUCUUAUUUUUUUCUGUUAAACCACUGUAUAUUUCAUUUUCCUAUUUAUACAAAGAUCCCAUAUUCAUUCUUUUCUUCCUACAUUCUGUAUUAUGGCGGGGGGGGUGACCUCAGUAAAUUACAUUUCCCAGUCUCUUUUGCCAACUGGCUACCUAUUAGUUUUGGCCAAUAAUAAGAGAACUGGUUGGAGGAGUGGAGGACAGAGGAGAGGAAAAGCCAAGGUAUUCUCCUCCUUCCUGCUUCUGUGCUUCAUGAUAGUGGCUGUGUCUCCUUUGUGGUACCAGGUAUCCCAGCUCCUGGGUUCUGUAAUAUCAUCUUCUGCACUUUUCCCUUUAGCCCUAUAGCUGUGGCAACAGCUUCUUGCUUUUGCUAAUAUUUGGAUUGCCUUGCCAUUUCCUGUAUGCCUUUCACCAGUUCCUUUGUAAAUAGAUUCUUCAUAUUAAAUUCCCUUGUUUAAAAUAUCUCAAGGUUUCUCAGUCUUGGCACAGCUCACAUAUUGGGUUGGACAAUUCUUUGCUGUUGGGGGCUGCCUGUGCUUUGUGGCAUGUUUAGCAGCAUCCCUGGCUUCUACCUGUGGGUGCCAGUAACACCCUUCCAGUUGUGAAAAACCAAAUAUAUCUCUAGACUUUGCCAGGUGUCCCAGGGAGUGGGGUGGGGAAUUACAUCCUGUUGAGAACCACUGAACUAUGGCUUAGACUCUUAUUUCUAGAAUGGAAUGUGACUAAAACAACCAAUCUAUUACAUUGAUGAGGCUCUGUUAUAGUAAGUACAACAUUUAUAAGGAUAAUCUUGGUUCUGAAAGAGCUUAUGCUAUGUAUAUGAAGAACCAGAGCAUUUUUUCAUGAAUUAAUUAUUAAAUGAUACCAAUAUAUGGUAGAUUACAUUCUGGAUUAAUGUUAUUGGAGUCUGAGAGGUGUAAACAAAAUAUUUUUAUUUUUUCCUCGAGUGAAUUCCUAUAGAAGAAGCAGACUAUGUUACAAUCUGUUUUUUAUACUCUUUGUAAAUAUUUUACAUUUUCAUUCCCUAGGAUUGAGCCAUGUAUACAUAUGAAGAUCUUAAUGUUUUGUUUACUCUUGUAUUCUUAGCACCAAAAAAUGAUUGGUAUGUAGUAGGUGCUCAAUACAUAUUUGCAGAAUAAAUUAAUUAAUCGAGAAACUGGUGAUUUUUUUUUUGUCUCAGAGUUACAAACCUGUUUGUAUUUGCUAAGUCCAGGGCCAAAAAAUGAUAAUAUACUUCGAUCCCAAAACACUUGAAACAGACAACUAGAGUUGCAUUUUAUGAUCAGUAGAGUAGCAUUUUAUGAUUAGAUUUCAAUAUAGUUGAGACCUACUUUCUUUCACAUGAAUUUAAAGACUGGCAUGAAUUAUUUUUGUUACUUUGAACAAGAGGUAAGGAAUACCUUUUCUGUGACUGUUGAACUCUUUCAACUGGCAUUUUGAGGUUACUUCCAAGUUGUUGAGUGUAGAAAUGACAUACAUUGUUUGUUUACUUUGAGUACUUUAUAGGUCUCAUGUGUCUCAGUAUGAAAUUGUUAUCAAGAUCCAAUUAGUUUGACUUUUGAUGAAUAAGCUCAUAAGAGGCUGUUCAUAAAUGCCUGCUGUUUAGGGUUUUUUCUUUUGUCAACAUGUAGGAGCACAGUAAGAUGCUUUGAGUCAAUCCUUGGGGAGAUUCAAGUGGUGCUAAACAAUUCCAACAGUUUUAAAAGAAUCCCUAGAGGGAGGUUAAGAUGGCGGAGGAGUAGAGACAGACAUCUCAUUAGCCGGAUGCUGCAGAUCACCACCACUCUC